AUGGCAGAUAUUCAACUGAAACAAGAAGCCAUACAAAAGGUGCAAGGAUUCCAGAAUCCGUUUUGUAAGGAGGCGAAUGAGCUGAUCUCAGUAGGAAUUCCACAGAAGAUUGCUGACCUGGACAAGUUCCUCAGUUCUGCAGAGCUGAAUGUUUCUGAUUUGGCAACACUGCGAGCUGAACUUGAUAUACCAAUACCAGACCCCGAAAAAGAGAAGGAAAAAGAAAAACAGAAGAAAGAAAAAGACGAGAAAAAGAAAGAUGAUGAAGAGGAUAAAGGCCCUCCCUGUGGCCCCAUAGCAUGCAAUGAGAAGAUUACAAGUCUGCAAAGAAAAAUCAAACAUGAAAUACAAGCACUGAAAGAAAACUUGAAUAUGGUUACCCUUUGGCUGCAACUUCAGAUUCCUCAGAUUGAGGACGGGAAUAACUUUGGAGUUGCUGUUCAGGAAAAAGUGUUUGAACUGAUGACAAAUCUUAGGACCAAGUUAGAUGCAUCCCAAACCCAGAUAUCCAAGUAUCUCUCUGAUCGCGGUGAUGCAGUGGCCAAAGCAGCAAAGAGUCCCCAUGUGGGCGAUUACCGUGCUUUAGUUCAGCAGCUUGAUGAAUCGCAGUACUCUGAGCUCCGGAUCACAGCUCUUGAAAUAAGGAACUCCUAUGCCACAAUAUAUGAUGUCGUCAGCAAGAAUUAUAACAAGAUAAAAAGACCACGUGGGGACACCAAGCGUCUCAUUUACUAA